AUGGCUGUGCCAGCCGCUUUGAUCCCCCCGACCCAGCUGGUGACUCCUCAGGCAGCGAUCUCUUCGUCUGCGUCUUCCUCGUCCUCUUCUACCAACUCGUCUUCUUCGGCCACUAAUUCUCCUUCGCCUUCAAUCGCACCUUCCUCGUCCGGGCAGAGCCUGUACCGGCCAGAGCCUAUUGCUGCCACCCCAGUCACCCCCAGCAGCCUGAGCAGUCCGGCUCCCAAUCUCACUGCCAGCAAUAGCAGCAGCCAAGGGGCAGCGGGGACUGGGGGAGGAGGGAGCAAUGGGAUCCUCACUAACUGCAGCAGCAGCAGCCUCAGCCCAAGCUUGACCACUACCAAUAGCAGCAGCAGCCACCAUAAUAACUCUAUUAUCCCCAGCACCCCGGCUACAUCCACCAGCACCACAUCCACCAGCAGCAACAGCAGCAGCAGCAGCGCCCCCACCUCUAACCUGCCGGGAAAGCCUGUCUACUCCACUCCGUCCCCUGUGGAGAACAUCCCCCAGAACAAUGAGUGCAGGAUGGUGGAUCUAAGAGGGGCCAAGGUGGCUUCUUUCACAGUAGAUGGGAGCGAACUCAUCUGCCUCCCCCAAGCUUUUGAUCUUUUUUUGAAGCACUUAGUUGGGGGGCUGCACACGGUCUACACCAAACUGAAAAGGCUGGAGAUCACCCCGGUGGUGUGUAAUGUGGAGCAGGUGCGGAUCUUGAGGGGCUUGGGGGCCAUCCAGCCUGGGGUCAACCGCUGCAAACUCAUUUCCAGGAAGGAUUUUGAAACCUUGUACAAUGACUGCACCAAUGCCAGUUCCAGACCAGGAAGACCACCUAAAAGAACGCAGAGUGUUACCUCACCAGAUAAUCCACAUAUCAUGCCACAUACGGUUCCUGGUCUCAUGUCUCCUGGAAUGAUCCCUCCCACAGGUUUGACGGCAGCAGCUGCAGCAGCAGCAGCUGCAACCAAUGCAGCUAUAGCAGAAGCAAUGAAGGUGAAAAAAAUCAAGUUGGAAGCCAUGACCAACUAUCAUGGCAGCAAUAACCAGCAUGGAGCUGAUUCUGACAAUGGAGAUCUCAAUUCAAGUGUUGGCCUGGAACUCCCAUUUAUGAUGAUGCCUCACCCACUAAUUCCAGUAAGUCUACCUCCUGCAUCUGUUACCAUGGCGAUGAGCCAGAUGAACCAUCUCAGUACCAUUGCAAACAUGGCAGCAGCAGCACAAGUACAUAGUACCCCUUCCAGAGUUGAAACUUCAGUAAUUAAGGAACGUGUCCCAGACAGUCCCUCCCCUGCUCCAUCUCUAGAAGAUGGUCGACGACCGGUCAGUCAUCCAUCAUCACACAGAAGCAGCAGUGUUUCUAGUUCUCCAGCAAGAACUGAAAGUUCCUCAGACAGAAUUCCUGUCCAUCAAAAUGGCAUCUCAAUUAAUCAGAUGCUAAUGGGUCUGUCACCUAACAUUAUACCUGGACCAAAAGAAGGGGAUCUUGCUGGUCAUGAGGUGGGACAUGAGGCAAAAAGAAUGCACAUGGAAAAAGAUGAGACCCCGCUCUCAACACCAACUGCGAGAGACAGCUUUGACAAACUUUCCCUGUCUGGGCAUGGGCAACAUCUACCUCCUGGCUACCCAUCUCCUUUUCUAUUUCCUGAUGGAUUGUCUUCCAUAGAGACACUUCUAACUAACAUCCAGGGCUUGUUGAAGGUUGCCAUAGAUAAUGCAAGAGCUCAAGAGAAACAAGUACAAAUGGAAAAGACUGAACUGAAGAUGGAACUGUUCAGGGAACGAGAACUGAGGGAAACCUUAGAAAAACAAUUAGCAGUAGAACAAAAGAAUAGAGCAAUAAUUCAAAAAAGGCUCAAGAAAGAAAAAAAGGCAAAAAGGAAAUUACAGGAAGCCCUUGAAUUUGAGACAAAAAGAAGAGAGCAAGCGGAACAGGCACUGAAACAAGCAGCAUCAUCAGAAGGUCUCAGAGUCCUUAAUGAAUCUCUGACACCAGACUUAGAAACUGACCGUAAUGGGGCCAGAACAGAUGCUGAAAGGACAAUACAAGAUGGAAGACUUUAUUUAAAAAGCAGUGUGAUGUACUAAUGGGGCACAAGCGACAACAGGGGACUUUAAAGUGCCAGGAUUUCUGGGAAGAAAAAUUGGAUGUAUAAUAUAAAUUAAGUACUGGAAUUCUUCAUAUAUUCUGCAUCAUCGGACUGCCAACAUGUGACUAUUAUCUCAGAGAUUUUGAGAAGUUUUCUAACUAUAAAUAUGGCAUUUCUCUUGAAGACGUGAAAUUGAAAUGCAUCUGCAAACUUGUAUAGAAUUGUUUUGGCAAUAAAUGCCUCCUGUACAUUUUUUUUUUUUUUUUUAAAUGACGCUUAUUCAAGUCUGACUUUCCUCUAUUUGAGCACAUCAGAACCUUCCAAACGUGGCCACUUCAAUGUUUUAACAGUUUGAUCACGCAUAAACCAGCAACGAUGCUUUAAAUGAAGCCACUUAAGAGAAGAUUGAAGAAUCUUAAAAGGGCAUGCACUGAUAUGGGAACCAUGGAUAUCCUGACUUUAACAAGACGUUUUUAAUUGAAAACAAUGUUUUCUUCUUAAAAUAAGAAUUUUAGCCAACCGUGGAAGAUACAGAAGGACUUUGAACUGCUGUAUUAUUUCAUAGCAAAAAUGUAACUCAUACUGUCUUAUGAAUGUAAUACAAUGAUUUCUGUUCUUUCGGGUUUCUUUUUCCAACAGCAAUCAAACAGAUAAUCAGAUGCUCUCCUUAUGUACUUCUGUGGGGUUAAGGUAAAAUGCUGUGUUUAAUUAACCUCUGGCCACAUGUACAUAGCCACAGUUCCAUAAGGAAGGCGUUACGUAUGUGUAGACUAUUAGAGAUUAGGAAACGAUUUUAGACAAUUGGUUUUGUCAGAUUCUUGGUUUAAAGCAGCCUUUAUAGUUUAAACGCAUGCAGGCAUGUAAAUAUUUGUCCUGGAGUCACAGUAUUAAUUCAUAAGAUUUUUAGAAUCUGGUGAAACGAAGGGGUGCACUGCAGCCACAUUUAUUUGUAUAUGAAGUCCUUUAUGGCUUGAAAUAUCCCAGUGAGAAUUAGAUUGUGGCUGAUAAGUAAGACAAGACACCAGAAAUAUUUUUAUAACAUGUCAUUUUUUGAGUGAAAGCUCUUGAAAAACAAAACUAAAACAAACGUGAGGUAUCCUUCCACUAAUGAGUAUUAACUUUAAAGUUUCCUGAAUACACGUUUCACUGCUGUAUUGUAUGAUCACUGCCCCAUCUUAUUGUACUUGUAUGCUGUAGUGUGAAAGGGGUGUUAGUUUUUGUUUUCAGUGUCUUAUUUUUUUUCUAACCUCGGGAAACUGGAAUUAAAACAGAACAUGCAGUUAUGGAACAUUUCAUUUUGUAUUUUUUGCGUAUCCCAUGAAAUAUUCAAGAAAUUGUAUAAAUUUGGGUUCUUCAUAUAUCUAGUUUUAUGCACAUAAAUUGUAAUUUAUUUUGUUACGAAACAUCAAAAGUUGUUUUUAAUGUCAGAGUGAAAAUAUUUCCUUAAAGCUUCAUUUUAAGUUCAAACUAAUCAUAUGAUUUGUCUUUUAUUAAAAGAAAACAGAACCUAUAGCUUGUAAAGUCUUCCUAAUUAUACUUGGAUAUACAUUUUCUGUGGAAACCUGGACUAAACAUUUGAACUCACCACUGUACUGUUAAAAUAAAAUGUUGUAUAUACAGUAUCACAUUCUUUUUUAUGAUACCGAGCAAUAUUUUUGCAUUAAAAUAUUGUUAAUA